AGGUGAAAACCAAAAAAAACAAAACACAAAAAUAUGGGUGGGAAAAGCAAGGUUCUUGUAGUGGGUGGUACUGGCUACAUAGGGAGGAGAAUUGUAAAGGCAAGCCUAGCGGAAGGCCACCCGACCUUCGUCCUCCAGCGGAAGGAGAUCGGCCUCGAUAUCGAGAAGGUACAGAUGCUUCUAGGGUUCAAGAUGGAAGGAGCUCAUCUUGUUGAGGGCUCCUUUUCUGAUUUCCAAAGCCUUGUGGAUGCAGUGAAACUGGUCGAUGUUGUCAUUUGCACCAUGUCAGGUGUCCACUUUCGUAGUCACAACAUUUUGAUGCAGCUCAAGCUUAUUGAAGCCAUUAAACAAGCUGGAAAUGUUAUGCGAUUCUUACCGUCAGAAUUUGGUAUGGAUCCAGCACGAAUGGGAGAUGCACUUGAGCCAGGAAAUGUGACAUUUGAAGAGAAAAUGCGAGUUAGGAAAGCAAUUGAAGAGUCAAAUAUUCCUUUCACUUACGUUUCGGCCAACUGCUUUGCCGGUUAUUUCGCUGGCAAUCUUUCACAAAUGGGCAAUCUUUUUCCGCCGAGGGACAAACUCUAUAUAUAUGGAGAUGGCAAUUCUAAAGUAAUUUUUAUGGACGAAGACGACGUGGCAACAUACACAAUAAAAUCCAUAGACGACCCUAGAACACUGAACAAAACUGUGUACCUGCAGCCACCAGAUAACAUUCUCUCUCAGAGACAAUUGGUUGAGAAAUGGGAAGAAAUGAUUGGAAAGAAGCUGGAAAAGGUUACCAUCUCCGAACAAGACUUUUUGAACUCCAUGAAAGAUUUGGAUUACGCUGAGCAGGUAGGAGUGGGACACUUCUAUCAUAUUUUCUACGAAGGUUGUUUAACUAAUUUUGAGAUAGGAGAAGAGGGAGAAGAAGCUUCCAAACUUUAUCCAGAGGUGAAAUAUACCCGCAUGGAUGAAUACUUGAAAAUGUAUCUCUAGCUGAUUAUAUAUAAUUUUCCAUGUUUAUGGUUUUACUAAUAAAGAACGGAUUUCGUGGUUGUACGUAAUAAUUUUUUGAAAAUGCUGAAUAUUUUUUUAUGGACGAAUGAUAUACAAACAUAAUACGUACUAUUGUUUGGUGAGAGUUUAA